AGUCAGAACUUGUUCUACGAGGAAAUGGGUAUUCGAAAUUAAAAUAUGAACAUGAUCAAGCAUCUCCUGUGAAAAAAAGAGAGUCAGAACUUGUUCUACGAGGAAAUGGGUAUUCGAAAUUAAAAUAUGAACAUGAUCAAGCAUCUCCUGUGAAAAAAAGAGAGUCAGAACUUGUUCUACGAGGAAAUGGGUAUUCGAAAUUAAAAUAUGAACAUGAUCAAGCAUCUCCUGUGAAAAAAAGAGAAUCAGAACUUGUUCUACGAGAAAAUGG